UUGCACACCAUGCCCGAAUACGACGUCAUCAUCGUGGGAGCCGGCAUCGCCGGCUCGACCCUCGCGGCCAUGCUGGCGCCGCACGCCUCUUUGGCGCUCAUCGACCGCGACAUCGCCGCGAUCCCCGGCUCGACGGGACACGCGCCGGGCGUCGUCGCGCAGAUCAACAGCAUCCCCGCGCUGGCGGAGCUCGCGCGCCGCUCCGUCGCAUACUACUCGCGCAUCCCCGGCGGCUUUGACGCGGUCGGCGGGCUCGAAGUCGCGCUCGGCGCCGGCGAGACGCCACAGACGCUCGAGGCGCGCGCGGCGCUCGCGCACUCGCUCGGCCUCGCGGCCGAAGUGUUGUCGCAGGAACAGGCGGCGUCGCUCGCGCCCGCCUUCGUGCGCGACGACGCCGCCGGCGCCGUCCACUUCCCCAACGACGGGCUGUGCAACGCCAAAGGCGUGACGCGCGCCAACGUCCUCAAAGCCAAGACGCACGGCGCGACCCUCCUCGACGGCAACGUCACGACAAUCGCCAACGCCUCCGGCGGGUGGCGCGUAACCGUCAUGACGGCCGCGGGCACGCGCACGCUCACCGCCGCCCACGUCGUCGUGUGUACUGGCGCAUGGGCAGGGCAGCUGCUGCCCAGCCUCGAUGCGGCGGCAGUCGCCGUCGCCCACCCGUACGCGUUUAGCGAGCGGCGCGCGCGCCGCCCCCCGCCCCCGCGCAGCGACCUCCUCCGCAAGCCCGGCUCGCUCGCCCCCUUCGUCCGCUUCCCCGGCCAGACGGUGUAUGCGCGCGACCACGGCGAGCGCGACGGGCUCGGCUCGUACGCCCACCCGCCGGUGCACGUCAAGGCGUCGGCGCUGCGGUCGCAGGGCUCGGGCGUCGCGGCGUGGGAGACGCGCUUCGACGGGUGGAUGGACAACAGCGCCAGCGUCCUCCCCGACGAGACGGCGCGGACGUUCCACGGCCCACGCAGCCACGAUGUGCCGCACGCCUUCGCGGGCCUCAUGACUAUGACGCCCGACGGCAUGCCCUUGUGCGGGCGCAUGCGCGACGGCGCCGGCGGCACGCUUUGGGCCCUCGUAGGGACGUGGGUUACGCAUGCGGCGGGAAGCGCCGGCGUGCUCGCACCACAGAUCCUCGCCGCGCUCGGAAAGAAGACACUUAGGGCCGACGACGCGUGGCUCCGCGCCGCCCUUGACCCACACCGCUUCGACGGGAUGGCCGACGCAGAGCGCGAGAAGCACUGUCUCGACAAGUAUGCCGAUAUUUGGAACCGCAAGGAGCAGUGCAUUGUCGUUGCGAGCCGGCCGCGCACCACCGCAAAGAUGUAG